AUGAGCACGCCCCAGCUCUCGGCCGCCUUCGCGUCACUCGCCCAGUCUGCCGCCACGCUGCGGUCGCUCCGCUUCGAGCGGUCGGCCGUCCUCCCUCGCGCCGUCCUCGGGCCCGACGAGCUCGUCGAGACGCUACUCUUGCGCGACGCCCUCCCGCACGAGCUCGCCCUGUUCGAGCCCGCACCCGCAUCCGCCGACGUCAUCCCGCACGACGCCGACGAGGUCGCGCAGAUGGGCCUCCUCGCGUCCAGCUCCGGCGACGACAAGUGGAUGGCCGCCAAGCGUAAAGGUCCGCGCCGUGCAGCAAGACAUGCCGACAAGCCGAGCCCUCUCAAGGCGAGGCGUCAAGGAGGAGCAGGAGGGCCCGACGCCGACCGCUGCCUGCGUGCGGCUCAGCAGCUUCUCGACAUCUAUACGCUCCCUCGCGCGCAAGAGCACGUCGAAGCGCUCAAGUCGCAGCACGCCGGCAUCGUCCAGUCGCUCAACACGCUCGAGGAAGCUUUGCGCCGUCCUGUGUCUCGCACCGCACCGCAGCCGCAGAACGAUGCGUCCUUCUACCGCAAGCUCGAGCUCGAGGACGCCAUCAAGCGCGAGCAGCUCGAGGUCUUUGCGCUCGAGCAGCUCAAGGCCGACAAGGAGGUCGAGGUUGCCGCCGUCGCCUCGUCGAGCAGGCCGUCUUCCCGUGCCGCCCCUGGCCCAACGGCUACCCGCGGCGGGCGCGUCCCGUCCGUCGUCGCCCGUGCUCGUGGCGGCAGCACCUCUGCCCGCCCUCGCGCCUCUCAGCCCCGCACCUCGACCUCGCCCGCACGUUCCCCCGCCCGCGCCGGCUCAGCCACCCCUCCUCCCGCUCCUGCGCCAACCUCGCGCAGCGCCCGCCUCGCGCAGCACCUCGAGGACAUGCGCGUCCUGAGCUCGCCUGCUCGGCGGCCCAUCGGCGCCGAGGCGCGCGCGGCCGCGCACGCGAGCUUGAUGGCUGGGCGCCCGAGCGUCGGUACGAGGCCGAGCUUUGGCGCCGGCAGGCCCAGCGUCGGGACGAGGCCGAGCGUCGGAGGCGCGAGGGCGAGCAUGGGCGGCGCUGCCGACGAGCGAGCGAGGCGCGACGCCGAGGAGGACGACAACGAGGGCGACUCGACGCCCAAAGCCGCUCGCAGGGCUUCUCGCCCUGCCGCCGAGGCGGCCUCCCCUUCCCCGCGCAAGCUCGCACCUCCCGUCCCCGUCGUCCGCUCGCCGGCCAAGCCCGCCGCCGCACCGGCCAGGGCCGCUCGACCCGCGCUCCCCGCUGGCGUCACGCCCGUCGAGCUGUCGAGCGCGGCCGAGACGAUCUGGAGCACGCUCGGCGAGGUCAACGGGCUCACGAGGUGGGGGAGGAAGUGGGCGAGGGAGCAGGACGAGGGCGCAGCCGAGAAGGAGCAGCGGGUGGUCGAGGGCAAGAGCGGGUGGGAGGAGACUCUCACCAUCCUCCAGUACGCCCUCGCCAACUCGUCGUCGCCCGACAACGCCGGCCCGUCGUCGCCCUCGUCGCACUCGAUCACGUCCUUCUCGACCUCGACGACCGGUGGCGCCGGCGACGGCGACGUCUCGGCACCGAGCUGGACGCCCGCACAAGUCGUCGAGGCCCAGCUGUGCCACCUCCUCCUCUCGGUCUUGAGCGGCGCUCCUCCUCCGCCUCCGCCCUCGGCCUCGUCCGCCCUGCCGCCGCUCGCCAUCAUCCUGCGCGACUCGCUCCUCGGCUCGACGCGCAAGACGCCGCACCUCGGCAUGACGGCGCUCAAGGCGCACCUCGGCGCAUUCGCCAAGGGCCGAGGGUGGACCGAGGAGAUGGGGACGACGGCGAUCUAUGCCCUCGUGAGCAAGCAGACGGUCAAGACGGACCGCAGGGGGAGGGAGGGCGCCGCGGUCGCGUUCAGGGUGGUCGAGGCGGCGUAG